CCUGCAAAGUACAUCAGAUUUCAACAAUGUCCACCCCUCCUCUAGCGGGAGCCGGAAUGCCCCCUGGACCAUUUUCCGGACCCCAGUCUCAAGCUGCUCGGGAAGUGAAUACCGCAUCUCUCUGUCGCAUUGGCCAAGAGACUGUGCAGGAUAUUGUAUUUCGCACCAUGGAAAUCUUCCAAUUACUGAGAAAUAUGCAGCUGCCAAAUGGCGUCACUUACCAUACGGGCACAUAUCAAGACAGGUUAGGAAAGCUGCAAGAGCACCUCCGUCAACUCUCAAUACUUUUUAGGAAACUGAGAUUAGUAUACGACAAAUGCAACGAAAACUGUGCAGGGCUUGAUCCUAUCCCCAUAGAGCAACUCAUUCCUUACAUUGAAGAAGACGGUUCCAAGCACGACGACCGAGGAGCAGCCAGCCAGCUUCUCUUCGCUAGCGAAGAGAGAAGGGAAAUCAUGGAAGUGAACAAGAAACUGAAACAGAAGAAUCAACAGCUGAAGCAAAUUAUGGAUCAAUUACGGAAUCUCAUUUGGGACAUCAACGCCAUGUUGGCAAUGAGAAACUAAAAUAUUUUUUUUCCUCAUUAUGACAGUUGAUUUUUAUCU